AUGACCCGCACGUUCGGCCUGCUCGCGUGUGCCAUCGCGAGCGCGCGAGCGCUGCAGUCGCCUAUGUCCGGCCGGUGGCCACAGCAGCGGCGCUCCCCAGGCGUGGACGCGGUCAGCAGCAGCCAGUUGUCUAUUGACUGGACUGCUCGCGAGUUAUGGGCGCUAGAGGACUCGGUGCCUCAGUACACCGUCGCCGUGGGCGAGGGAUCCGGCGCGCAAAUCAUCCUCUGGCGAAGGAUGCAGCUCGACGUCGCCGGGAUGCGCGGCGGGCUUGUGGCGACGGUGGAGACGGACCCGGACGCCGCGCCCGCCUCCAGGGCCGAGGCGGAGGGCUGGUGCGUCCGCUCCAGGGCGGGAGACCUCUUCGAGCUCGGCGCGCAGAGAGUCGAGGCGGAGCCGGCCGUCGCCGCCGCCGACGGCGCGGAGCAGCAGCUCGCUCCCUUCUCCGCCGCCCUCGGCGCCGCGCCAACGCCCGAGGCUGUCGCGCAACUGGCGACGCCGGCGCUGGCGCUCGUCGCGCUCGCCGCCGCCGUGAACGUGGGUAUGAGCGCCUUUGGGCACCACGUGGAUGUGUCCGUCUUCAUCGUCUGAGGCGCGGCUCUCUCUCUGCGCUGCUGUCGGGGUGACCGCCCUGCGUGAGCGAAGGCGCGCGCCUUCGCCGUGUGCGCCCUUUUCGUUUUAGGGUCCAUGGGAGAGAGGGGCGUGCAGGCCGAGAAGGGGAGGCCGGCUGCUCUGUUUGUGACAGUGUUGGCGCGCGGGCUCGGGCUCCGCGGAGCCAGCUGUGCGUCGCCAGGCCGCUGCGCGCUGGCGGGUGGCACGGCUCACGCGCGACCCCGGCGAGCACCGAGCUGCGGGACGGCGACACCGAGGUCCGAAAUAACUCGCGGCGCGUGGUGCUGGUGGAAUUUAGCACUUUACGUCGCAUGACCUGUGAGUAUCCUGCUUGAGCAUGAUGCACACAAACUG